AUGCAGGCUCUGCACAUCGUUGUCAUGGCUUUGAACUUCCUUCACAACGACUGCUCUUAUGUGCCCCUAGGCCAAAUCCGCCCGUUGCCAAAUCCAUCUCAGAGGCAGAUGAUCUCUCAUCUUGCCCGCCUUGUCAAAGCCUUCGGCUGCCGGGGGGACUUUCCAAUCCCCGCGUGCGGACGACGCACAAUUCACCUCUCUGCACGCCUUUCGGAACUCACCGAGUUCCUCAACCGGUCGGGAGCCGCCUCGGCUCCCUACCUUCACGGAGUCGACAUCGAGGGCUCCGCGGUCCUUUUCGACACCUCCGUUGCUGAGGAGCUGAGGCCCUACCGGUCUCUCGAUGCGUCCCGACUGAAGCUAUCGGGGAAGGGCCAAUGGGACCCGACCCCUUGGCUCCCCAUUGAGCUUGUGCUUGCUUUCAGGGAGCCUGAAUCCAUCUCGAUUCCGGCUUCUCCACUACCUGGGGAAGUGCCCGACAUAUCUAGGGAGGAUCGCUCACAGAUCAUUGAGCUUGCGAGAAAGUGGGAUUCCCUUGGGCUUCUCCAUCUCUCGGUCAAUCCCCUGCCUGUCGAUUCGUCCUACCAGUAUGUAAGGAUCUUUAACGCCUACAAGUCUUCUGAGAAGGACAGGCAGAUCGGGGACCGCAGGGGCCGAAACCUAGCCGAAGGACGCAUACCAGGGGCCUCUCGCUACCUACCCACGGGCCCCCACCUUGCUGCUCUUGAGAUCAACCCCUCCACGAGUAGCCUCAGUGUGUGUAUGACAGACCGAAGCGACUUCUACCAUCAGUUAGCUGUCUCGCCCGCCCGGGCUGAAACAAACAAGCUUGGUCCGCCCAUCCCUUCGGCGGCGCUCUCGGGCACCAAUGCUUAUGGCUCUCUCCUCUCUAGGCUCGGGCUGCGCGAGCCUAGAGAGCAAUCGGGCGACUACCUCGGCUCUCAUUCUAGGGCCCGUUCCUGCCUCAUUCCUGAGGAAGUGAACGUCUGCUUCAAGGCGAUCCUUCAGGGUGACCACCUCGGCGGUCUUGUCAUCGACGACUACAGACCGGUCGGCCUCAUCCCUGCUUCUUGCCGUGCCCUCGCAGCCGCGAAGUCGGCCUACAAGGCUGCCUCUUUAAGUGGCUCUGACGAGAAGGACAUCGUCGAUGCCUGUCAGGCAAAGGUCGCAGGCGCCGAGAUUGACUCUUCGCCUCAGAAUCUCGAUCGGGGUCUCUGCACCGUCGGAGCCCCCAGAGAGAAGAGGCUCGCCCUCUCGGCGCUCUCACUUGAGGUCGCACGCUUGCCGGCUACCACUGACAGUCUUCACCAGUGCCUCCUUGGGGGUUGGACUUCUGCCCUCCUCUUUAGGCGGCCUCUCAUGUCCAUCCUCGGCACUGCCUUUGGUCUCUGCCCUACGGGUGUUUCGAACCAGAACGAGGCCAAAGUCGUCGCGCUCCCCCGACCUGUCGCUCAGGAGCUUACUUUGCUCGCCGUCCUUGCUCCCCUCGCGGUCUCUGACCUCUCGGCAACUUUUGGGUCUACGAUCUACGCGACUGAUGCUUCCGAUACCAAGGGCGGCAUUGUCUCGGCCCCCUGUCCUGUCGAGGCUCAGAGAGCCAUGUGGAGGAUUGACGGGAGGAAAGGCGGCUACUCCCGGCUACUUGCAAAGGAGGAGGCUCUUCUUGCCCGGUGCCACUUUUACUACUCGGAUGAGCCUGGCAGGAUUGCUUCCGUGCCCUCGCCUGUUAGGCCUCUGGCUCAGCACUGGGACUUCAUAGAGGUAUGCGGCGGGGUUGGCGGGGUCUCCAAGCAGAUGCACAACUUGGGAUUUGUCGUGGGGCCUGUUCUCGACCUCUCGCGGUCGAAGGAGUACGACCUCGGGGACGACCUUGUCUUCGAAUGGCUGGCUCAUCUCCUUCAGAGCGGGAAUCUCUCGUCCUUCAUGGUUGAGCCCCCGUGCACUACCUUUAGCCCUGCUGCCUACCCGGCGUUGAGGAGCUACACGACUCCCUUUGGCUUCGAUCCUACCGAGCCGCGCACCCUCCUUGGGAACCGGCUUGCUUUCCGGGCACUCGCCCUGCUUCUUGUCGGGCGCCGCACAGGCGCCAUCGGCCUCUUAGAGCAGCCUCGCCGAUCCAAGAUGGCCUGGCUUCGCCAGUGGCGCCAGCUCCUGGCUUUGCCCAAGGUCUACGAGACCUGGACCGCCUCCUGUGCUUUUGGCUCGCCACACCAGAAGGAAUUCCGUUUCCUUUCAGUCAACGGGGACUUCCAUGAGGUUCACAGGAAGUGCUCCCGCGAUCAUACACACGUCAGGAUCGAAGGCAGCCUGACAAAAGGCUCCGCGGUUUACACCGAGGGCCUAUGCAGGGCACUGGCACUCACUUUCGCAUCUCACCUCCGGAGGACUCACCACGCUCACGAGGCUCAUCGUCUCGACGUAGGUGGCCUCGAGUCACUGCUCGUCAAUGAGGCUGCCUUGGCUCUUCCCUGGCGUACCGUCGCCAGCUGGUCCUGGAGGGGCCGUUCCCACAUCAACAUCCUCGAGGCUGCAGCAGUCUACCGGCUUCUUACUCACGUCGCCAGAAAAGGGUGCAAGGUGCGUCUCGUCAACCUUGUCGAUUCGCAUGUUGCGCUCUCGGCCAUCGGCAAAGGCCGUUCGCCCUCGAGGGGCCUGACCCCCAUCCUCAGGAGGAUCGCGGCAGUCCAGCUAGCCGCUGGCCUUUAUCCUGUCUUCCCUUUCGUGCCCACUCGGCUGAACCCCGGGGAUGCGCCGACCAGGGACUACGAGGUCCCAGCUCCGCUCCCGCCGGCUUUUCCUGCCCUCCUUGGCAGCUUUCCGCUCUCGAAUAAGGGGGACGUGCAGCGGCAGGCUUCGAGGUUACCCAGCGGGCUUCCUGCCGGCCGACCGGUUGAGCCCGCCACACAAAAGCAGAGAGACGGACUUCUGGGCAGUUUCAGGGACUGGCUGACAGAUCAAGGGGUCGGUUACGAUUCACUGAUCCUGUGCCCAGACCCUGAUACGGAUGGUGUCAAUGCAGUGCUGAUUAGGUAUGGUCGCCUUUUGUACCAGGCAGGACGGCCCUACACGCAUUACGCCGAGACCAUCAACGCAGUCGCGGCCGCAAGGCCCAGAUUGCGGAGGGCCCUACAGCAAGCUUGGGACUUAGCUUUUGCAUGGCGGAAGGAGGAGCCCCCACAGCAUCACUCAGCGAUGCCUUGGCAGAUCCUGGUCGCUUGCAUUGUCACUGCGGUUCUUUGGGGUUGGCCUCUGGUCGCAGGAGGCAUUCCGGCGCAGAUUUGCUACGAUCCUUCGGGCGCUACAGCUGCAAGUUUUGCCGGAGGGCCAGAGGCCCCUUGA